AGGGCCCGAUUUCAACUAGUUUCAAGUAUAGACUUGAAACCAAACAUUUUGUUGAUCUCUUUGGAAAACUGGUGUGGGUCACUCUUGCCCAAACUUUCUGCUUCUUCACGCAUAUAAUGGUAUCACCUUUGGCCGAUAUUUUACAAAACUUUGCGUCGUUACUCUGCAUGAAUUUUGGUAAUUGGUCCUGCAUACGAAUUUGACCAUUCAGCCGAUUGUGCAGCAAAUAAAAAUAGCAUCUCACCAAAACCACUCAUGAGGUCAUGAACAAAGGCGGAAUUCGAGGGAUUUAUAGCAAAAAAUGGGUCAUCUGUGCAACAAAGACGAAAGAAGAUGUUGAUGCGUGCAUACCGCAUCUCACGGCCUGCCCAAUCUAAAGGUACAUUACUUAUGGCUACCACAAAAUCAAGCGUCCGAUCAUUUUCAUAUACAGUCCGGCGUCGUAUUAAAAGAUUUGAUAGAAACGCUUUAAAGUCAGUCUGAGUUCGAGUGUGCAUAGGAGAUUGACAAGUUCAAGCUCCUACAUUGGUAAGAAUUCUUGGAUAACUCAGUGCUGGACGACGUCUUGGUUAAUUGAUAACAAACCCAGCUGUGGUUUGUGGACUCUGUUUUUGCUGAAAAUAUUGGAAUUUCGGACGGCAAGUUUUUAGUUGACGAUGGAUCCCUACAAUUCCAUGUUCAACUUUUCCUCGCAAGUUGAGAACAAGACGUCUCCUUUUCUUCCCGUCAUGAGGAUCAAUUCCGAUGGGUUUAUAGAUUAUAGCGAAUUUGCUCUCGACAACCCCCCAAAGUAUGAACCCUUUGAGUUUGAACGGGUAGAUUGGAAGCGUUGGGUGAUGUGGACACAUCGUCACUGGGACGUCCCAAUCUAUGCGGGAGUCAUUUAUAUAGCGGUUAUCUUUGGGAUUCAGGCAGUCAUGAAAAACAGACACGGUUUGGAGCUGAAACGUGAACUCUUUUUGUGGAAUGCGGCCCUUGGGAUUUUUUCCAUGCUCGGCUUUAUUCGAAUGAUGCCCGAAUUUUUGGGGGUGCUCACAUCUCAUCCAAACGGAUUUUACAGAUCCGUGUGCAUCUGGCAGGGUGGAAAUAUGCCAACCGCAUUUUGGGGGUUACUCUUCACCUGGUCAAAGUUCGUCGAGCUUGGCGACACCGUUUUCAUCGUGUUGAGAAAACGACCACUCCAACUUCUACAGUGGUAUCACCAUUUAGCAACGCUCUCUGUGUGCUGGCUGACUUUGCCUUAUGUUGAGCCAAUCUCGAGAUAUUAUUGUGUCAUGAACUAUGGGGUGCACAGUUUGAUGUAUCCAUACUUUGCCCUGAGGGCGCUGGACGUUAAAAUCCCACGAUGGUUCGCUAACAUUAUCACAACCUUGCAGUUGGGCCAGAUGGUUAUCGGACUGGGCGUUAACACAUAUUCCGGCCUAAAAUUCCAUCUUGGAGGGUCCGAAUCCUGUUUUAGACAUCCUGCCUCUGUGAAAAUGUUCUUUGUCGUGUAUGGCUCUUUUGCCGUCCUAUUUGGCGAGCUCUUCUGGAAAUUGGUCAUUAAAUCAAAGAGGGAGCAGUCAAGACGAAGCCACAACAUUUUGGACAAUCUGACGAGUCGGAAAAUGGACUAAUUCCAAUCUCCGAUCUUGAACUUGCGAAUUCUUAAUUUUUGUACGGAACUGAAUUCUCAAUAAUUGUUGCCAUUUUGUACCUGUUUUCGAUUUUUUAGUUUAACUGUUUUACUAUAUACCAACAGAUUUUGUUGACACUGUUUAAUGGAUGUUUGAUAAUAAAAGUAUAGCUCAAAGUAA